AUGAAAAUGGAAAGCCUGGUGAGGAGUCAGGAACAUUCUGAAAGAGAUCUGUCCUGCGAAGAAAAUCUAAUUAUUCACCCCAUCCGUUGUGCAGCAGUUAGCAACUGUAUAUUGAAUAUGCUCUUGGAGUCUCUUCCCAAAUACAAAAGCUGCAAAAGGAGCCUUGCUGCUUUCAUAGUGGAGAAAGUGACAGAAGAUGGCAACAGUGAACAGUAUGAAGUGGUUGCGUUGGGAACAGGAGAGACAUGUUACAGUAGUUGGAUACAUUUUGAUGGUCGUUUACUCCAUGACUGCCAUGCUGUAGUGGUUGCAAGACGGGCAUUGCAAAGAUAUUUGUUUAAGCAGCUCCUUCUGUUCUGCAGUAAUGACCCUGUGGGUUUAGAAAAAUGUAUUUUCUACAAGUCUUCAGGAAGCGAUUUACUCUCCUUCAAGAAAAAUAUUUUUUUCCAUCUCUACCUCAGCAAAGUUCCAAAGGGGGCUGCUCAGAGCAUUCUCAUGGACCCAGUGCCAUACCGAAACCCUGAAAUGAGACUUCACAUUCAUUCCAAAGGUUCCGCCAUGCCAGCAGCAAACUGUCGCCCUAGUGUGACAGCAACUCACGUCUGCUGCAUGACUGCAAGUGAUAAACUGAGCCGAUGGAUGGUGCUGGGAGUCCAGGGAGCCCUCCUCAGCCACUUUAUCAAACCUCUCUACAUCACUAGUGUUGUCCUCCCUGGCCAAUUCCAUCCAAUGCAAAUCGUCACAAAAGCAAUCAAUCAGCGUGUGGAUGAGAGUUUGAACGAGAAGCUUCCUGACCUGUUCACUGCUGUGAGGGCACACUUCUCCCAUUGUGGCGAGGAAGAACCAAAGGAGGCUGAACCACUUUAUAAAAGGCUGAGUGUAAACUGGUGUCGGGGGGAUAACACCGUGGAAAUAGUGGAUGGAACAACAGGGCAGAUCACAGAAGAUUCCCCUUUUAAAAAUGGAGUCAACACUGCCAGUCGUUUGUGCAAGGCUGCAAAAUUGUAUUCCUUUCGACGUGUAGCAAAAGAAAUGAACAGGCAGGACUUACUAGACCUGUCAACAUGUCACGAAGCCAAGAUGAAUGCCAAAACUUAUCAAGAAGCCAAGGGCAUCCUAAGUUAUCAUUUCAUUUCCACUGGAGCAGGGCCAUGGCCACAGAAACGACUUGUUGACAACUUCAGCAAAUAA